AUGGUGAAUCGCAGCGUCCGCGCGGCCGCAGUCGUUAUCCCGACCAAAAUGAGGCCCUGGUUGUCUAUCGUAGUCCUCGGAUUUGUCCUUGCUGCGCCGUUGCUUCCAACCGUCACUGGUCAAGAAAAAGCCGAGGUCGACAUCAGAGUCUCUGGCGCCUGCUCCCCGAGUAGGACUUUUCUUUUAAUUUUUCGAUUUAUUCGGAAAAGAAAUUCUGUCAAGACACGUCCUGGCGUUCAAAACCUGAUUCUGACGGAUAGAUUGCGAGGAAAGGAGAUCUUUGCGAAUUUUUCUCAUUUUCUGCUGUGAACAUCUGACUAUGAUCUUGGUCGAGACUUGUUCUUGAAACAAGUUUCAUCUCGUUACUCAGCAAGUUUCUGGAUUUUAGAUCUUUCCAGACUAUUCUCGAAAAAAUGAUCGUUUUUCUCAUAAUAAAAAUAAAAGUAGAAAAAAAAUUAGUUUAAUUCUUCAGACUAAACAAUAAAUGUGACCGAAUUUUUUCAGUCUACCUCUCUCGAAAGGGAAUAGAUGUCAGUAAAUACCGGCCGAGCAUACGUUUCAAUCCGGACAAAAUUGAGCUGAUUCCAAAAAAUCCUGUGAUUCCUGGAUGCAUCAAAAUCAGAGCCCAAGGUUUGUCAUUUCGUUUUUUUAUUGAUCAAUGUCACAUUUUUAAUAAAUUUUUUAGUGGAAAUUCUGGAACCUGUGAAAAAAACCUGGUUGCGGAAAUUGAAAUGCGAAUCGGAGGUACACCAGAUCCCAAUAAUCCAUCGCUGCCGUGCUCCAAAAAAAUUGACGAUAAGGUCAAUCAAUGUCCUUGCGCAAAGCUUGAAGGAACUUGGUGAGACUUUUUUUUCAAAGGUUACAUGGAAAACUUUGCAUGAAUCUAGUAUAGAUUCUUUCUGAGGGUUCUCUUCAAAAUCCACAAUUUUUCAGUUGGUCUUUUGAUUAAUCAAUUUCUUGUUGGAAUUCAUUUCGAUUCAUCGGCUUCAUUAUCACUUUUCAGUGUUUUCUGUGAUUUCUGCAAGCAACUCAAGUCACAGUCAGCGAAAAUCACGUCAGCUCGCUCUCAUCUUUCCACUCACAAAAACAUCGAAGAAGAUUGCAAGUGGGUUGAUAUCUGAUUAUCUCCAAAAAAAAUUAUUUUUAGAUGCGAUGAGAUGGCCCCAGGCUUGUACGACAUUGAAACGGAGCAAUGUACACCUGAAAUUGAUGACGUGAAGGAUUACAUUCCGCCGGAAAUUCAGACAAAUAUUUUGGAAAAACGACCAGUAAGUUUUCUCUCAUCGUCUUCUUUUGUUUUAUUGAACUUCAAAAACAUUUGAAUGGAUUUUCAGAUUUCAAUGUUCAUCACAGUGUAUUUGAUGGACCUCGAACCUCCAUCAUCCAAAACUUCGUUCCUGUCCGCUUUCGGCAAAGCUAUUCUUCAGAAAAGGUGGAUUUCUCCUACUUUCAAGCUUAAUUUACUUUCUUUUCAGAAUGGCAAAAAGCACAGUGGCCUGUUUCUUACUGGGCAUCGACGUCAAAUUGGCUUUACCGUCUUUUUCAUAA